CAAACCAAACCACCAAGAACGUUGUGACCUUUUUCCAUUUUUUGUCAUUCGCUAUCAUGGCAUCUUCAUCUAUUCCCUUAACGUUCGCGGUUUACAGACAUGAACCAGAAUUGAUAGCUCCAGCUAAGCCUACCCCGCAUGAAUACAAACUAUUAUCCGACAUCGAUGAUCAAAAAGGUCUCAGGUUCCAAAUUCCGGUGAUCCAAUUUUACCGAUACAACCCUUCCAUGCAAGGGAAGGACCCUGCUAGUGUGAUUAGGGAGGCACUUGCACAAACCUUAGUGUUUUAUUAUCCAUUUGCUGGUAGGCUUAGGGAAGGACCUCACCGCAAGCUCAUGGUGGAUUGCACUGCUGAAGGUGUGAUGUUUAUUGAAGCCGAUGCCGAUGUUACACUUGAGCAAUUUGGUGAUGCACUUCAGCCACCAUUCCCUUGCUUGGAGGAGCUCCUUUAUGAUGUUCCUGGCUCUGUUGGCGUGCUGAAUUGCCCAUUGUUGCUUAUUCAGGUCACACGGCUGAGAUGUGGUGGUUUCAUCUUCGCCCUCCGCCUCAACCACACCAUGAGUGACGCCGCUGGCCUAACCCUAUUCAUGUCAGCCGUGGGAGAGAUGGCUCGUGGCUGGCUUGCCCCAUCAAUCCCACCCGUAUGGGAAAGGCAUCUCUUAGGGGCUAGAGACCCACCAAGAGUCACAUGUAAUCAUCGUGAGUACGACGAGGUAGAAGGAACCAUUGUCCCCUAUGAUGACAUGGCCCAUCGCUCCUUUUUCUUUGGCCCCACGGAAGUCUCAGCACUGCGUAAACUUGUGCCCCAACACCUCCAAAGGUGUUCAACCUUUGAACUCUUAACCGCUUGCUUAUGGCGUUGUCGAACCAUUGCCAUUCAAGCUAAUCCCGAGGAAGAGGUUCGCAUCAUAUGCAUCGUAAACGCGCGUUCCAAGUUUGAUCCUCCAUUGCCUUCAGGAUAUUACGGGAAUGCGUUCGCUUUCCCUGUGGCGGUAUCAAAAGCAGGGCAACUCCGUCAAAAUCCAUUAGGGUACGCAUUAGAACUUGUGAGACAAGCAAAGGCUGAUGUAACGGAGGAGUACAUGAAAUCACUAGCGAAUUUGAUGGUGAUCAAGGGUCGACCCCAUUUUACAGUGGUUCGGUCUUACCUUGUCUCUGACGUAACACGUGCCGGGUUCGGAGACGUGGAUUUCGGAUGGGGUAAGGCAGUGUAUGGUGGCCCAGCGAAGGGUGGGGUAGGGGCCAUACCUGGGGUCGCAAGUUUUUUGAUACCAUUCGAAAACAAGAAAGGAGAGGCUGGAAUUGUGCUACCAAUUACAUUGCCAGCCCAAGCUAUGGAGAUAUUUGUGAAAGAGGUAGAUGGUAUGUUAAAGGGGAAGCUAACAGACGAGAGUGUGCGUCAAUCGGUUUUUAUUUCAUCUUCUCUGUAAAAGUAAUGGGUCUAGAAGGGAAGGAUGGGACUCAUGUUUCAUCUGUUUACUAUAUAUUUUGUGUGGGUUGUAAAAUAAUUUAUCCUUGUUGCGUUGUGACAUUUGAGUGCAAAAGUUCUUUUUUUUUAAUUUUAAAU